GUUCAAGGUCGUGGGUACGGAAGAGUUUCUUUGUGUAAUACCGUUUUAGGACUGAGACCAAUGAUAUCAAGAAAAUAUCCCUAUCCGAAAUGUUCUGUUCGUGCACUUCGAGGUAUUGAAGCCAAAGGGUCAAGAAAUGCGACAGCUCAUAUAUUUCAAGUGACAAGAAGAACAACAAAAGAUGCGGUCUUUUUUGCCCAAACCCGUUGGGGGCUGUUUAGCCCUGCAAGUCCGGGCUGAAGACCUCAAUGCCGCGAUGACGGACCCUGCGGAAGGCGAAUUCGACAUCAAGGGCGGGGGGGGGGAGCGAGCACCGAAAAACUCGGCGAGAAAGCACGGGUGCCGCAGUCGUUCGUGGAGACGGGGAAGAAUAAGGUAGAUACUGCGGAGUUAGCGUGAGUUUGUUCAUCUUUGCCAAAUAUUCGACUGAAUGCCAAGCAGAAGAGCAUGCGGACAUGAUGAAUGAAUCACUUCCGAACCGCCUUUGUGUGAUGCAUAGAUAAAUGUGCGACGCAGCAAGCUUACAAUCCGUGAAAAGUUCUUUGAUCUACCAAAAACGCGGCUCGCAGGCAUCAGCGGAAUUGUACAGCGCCGCGAACUCGACUGUUGUCAACUUUUUUGCCAAAGUCAUCAAGGACGAAACGGGGAUGA